CAUCUCUUACUUCAACGAUGACAUCCAUAUUUAAAGUUUGUUUUUAUAUCUUUCUUUUAAACCUCGAACUUGGCAUUAUUCAUGGCUCGGAAGAAAAACCGACUAAAGGCGAAACUUGUUCCGUCGGUGAUGGGCCAUCGACAGGGCAUGAUGAGGAAAAUCCUUGCUUCAAAGACGGCCAGCUGUACUCGCCCUCAAGCUUUGCACUGAUCCGGCGGGAAGGUAAAGCAUUGAACCACGUUGAAACAAUCCAAGUGGAUGGAGACAAAAGCGUACAGCUCAUUACUAGGAGCUUGAAACCACCGAUAUUUGAAAUCCCAGAUUUUCUAAGCAGCGAAGAGUGCGAUCAGUUGAUAAAACUUGCAAAGAGAGAAGGUCUGGAAGAAAGCAAGAUCACCAAAACAAACACCGUUACGUGGGAAAAUGUGAAUGAUACGUUAAAUGAAAAAGAAAUGCAAUUUUAUUGUAAAAGCAUUGCACGAUAUGAUUCGAACAAGGACAACAGUAUUUCUCUGAUCGAGUUUUCGAGUUACGUGUAUCGCCUACUCAGGAUUCUUGUUGAUUUGAACGACCUAUGGACAGUUUACAGAGAAUUACUUGCAGAGGAGGCCAAAACAAUCACUUAUGAGGACUGUAUGAAGGCCAACCGCACGCGCUUUGUGGAGUUCGUCUACCAGCUACUAAACAUAAAACGCUUACCGUAUUACAAGACUCGAUACAGUCAACAUUCCUGGGUAGCACUGAGCGACAACGAUCCUAUUUUAAAAUCCGUCAAGAGUAGAAUCGCUGAGGUUACCCAGAUGUCUGUAUGGCAGAUUGAUCACAGCGAGCCGUUACAGGUAUUUAUUUCAGUUUUUAUUUUCUCUUUUCACGUAUACAUUUCACAUCCACACUCGAGAGAUUAAAAUUCUAGUCAUUCUACCCUGCCAUAUAUCAUAGUUCCCACCCUUUCCAGCGCGCGACCCUAGAAGGACUUCGUGCGUGGGAGUAGCCUGCGUAGCAUGGCGGUUUUGUCGAGCCGGGCGCACGAGUGGCGAAGCCGCGAAAUUCGCGCGCGAGAACGAGCGGCAAAGCCGCGAGAAAAAUAAAAACCCCAAUCUCCUCGAGGUUUCUCUGCCCUCGCCCUCCUUUAUUACUUAGCGCGCCCAACCAAAACCGCCAUGCUACGCAGGCUAGCGUGGAGGUGCGUGGGAGCAAGCUCUUUUGGCCGGUUCAUUGGCCUCUCAAUCAACUCCGGAAAGACGCUCGAAAUCGCGAGAGGGGAAGACAACUUUUGACUGGCUGUUGAGACACUGUUUCGUUCACACUCAAACGCAAAAGAGUUGGGCAGCCGAGAACACCAAUCAGAACUGGAACAUCAAUGGAGGAAUAGCCUGGGAACGCAGACUUAUUUCCGGUCGUUGCUUCUCUGUCUUCUCUCUACCUUCUCUACGGAUGGAGAGAAGGAAAUGAAAAAGGGAAGAGGUCCGCCUGACCACAGAUUAGGCGAGAGAGCGCUCUCCCUCUCUUCCGCUUCCCCUUCAAUUCCUCCCCCCCAUUUCCUCUGCCGCUCUCGUUGUCGCGCCACCCUCCACGACCUGAACGCCGGGAACAAGCUAAUCCCUUCGCGUCAUGCGUCCUUGUAAGAGAACUUAGAAAAAAGGACUUAUUUCUUAAGCUUGUGAGUUGGUAGCUCACAUGGAUGGCGUUUGCAUGCAAUGGAGGGGGAAAAAGGGAUUUAGUAGCCGGGUCACCGUAACAGUCCCCCAGCUUCCUCCAUGAUAGAAAGACCCCACCACCGGGGUCUACGAUCUCUUCUCUUUUCUAACACCAGUGUGGGUUCAAUUACGUCCCCUUACAGUAUAAAGCAGAUAGGGAGCUUAAGCAACAGCGUUUUUGAGCGACGGACGUCAACCGGAAGUGGACUUUUUGCAGCGUUGGGCUGUGGUUUGGUUGAAACCCUCAGGUAAAUCGUCUUUAUGGGAGAAAAGAAACUCAGCAAUACAAAUUUGGUAGUGUCCAGGCGUAUAAAAAGGGAAAAGGCCUCACUUCCGGUUGACGUCCGUCGCUCAAAAACGUCUUUGCUUAAGCUCCCUAUUAGCUAAGGCCGACGGCUUAACGUCACCGUCCAGUGACGUGAUCAUCUCAACUGAGACAAAAUCUGGAAUCACAACCAGCAUGUUCUAACCAGCUUUUGAAAGACCCUGCUUGUUGGUCCGGCCGGGAUUUGGAGUUCAGCGUUCGGUGCCGGUAGACCAACGCCCUCCCAACUGCGCCAACCGUGAACUCGUGCAAUAGUUGGUGAACUUAAGUGUAAUUUAUGAACUGAGUUGUCCUUACUGAACUAUAUUGUCUUUAUUGAACUAUAAAAACAAACAAGACGUCCGUGCCCGAUUCGUUCCCUUUCUAGUCUUUCUAAAGCUAGUGAGUAAUAAAAAAAAGUCAUCAAGGCGCGCUUUGGUAGAAAAUUAGGCCAGACAAAACAGUGGUGCUUUGAUUAAAACAAUUCUACAAUUGUUCUUUUUUACUUUCACAGGUCGUGUAUUAUCACAGAUCUGGACACUAUCACGCCCACUACGAUUCCUCCGUAGCUGAAAAUGUAAAGGAAAAAAGAUGCUGUCAGAGGAAUGAAGACAGGGACACUACAUCAUGUCUUCUAUGUAGGUAGGUCGGAAUUCUCUGUACUUUAUAGUCACACAGAUGACUCCCACAGCGGCGUUUUUUUUUUUUGCUAUACCGUUUUGUUUUGGUUGUGGGAGUAAUUUUUUGGUGUGAACGUGUUUAUCCCGGGGGGGGGGUUACUCCCUUAUGUUUGCCUUAUAGACAUCUGCGCUGCCCCAAAGGGUAUGGUUUUUGCGUUGUUUUGGUCUGAAAACGGUUGUAGACUUUGCCUAUUUUUGUCUAAAUUCGGUUUUAGUUUUCGAGGGGAUUCGGGAGUACUUGGAAGUAUUUGUCGUUUCAACUUUAAAUGAAUAAGAAAGAAAAUGUGAAUAUGAGUAUUCGAAAUGUAGUUUUUGAAAGAAAUCUUUUUGUUGGCGUUCUACUGAAAACAUAAUUGAUGCCUACGCUAGGUCUGAAAACCGGUAUGGAUUUUAGAGGCCACAUCUGAAAAAGGGUGUAGAAAAUGAAGUACAAACAUUAACCACAAAGGACUGCAAAGGACCGCAAACGAAUGUGCCGAAGAACGUAGGAUCUAUAAAGACCUGAUCAGCAAAAAUGAAAAGUAGACAUAUUAAAUCCUGCAAGCAGAAUACUGCAAUGGUGAUCGUACCACGUGAAAAUUAACUCUGCAAGAUAUCAACACGACACCGAAAGAACUCAAAACAGAGCGGGAUUGUAGCAAUAGACAGCUGUUUAUGGCUACAAUCCCGCUCUGUUUUGAGUUCUUUCGGUGUCGUGUUGGUGUCUUGCAGAGUUAAUAUUCUGUAGAAAAUGACAAUUUUUGGUCUGUAUAGGGUCAGGAUUUGGAGAAACAGGCGGCACUCCCCCACCACGAAUUCCUAGGUAGACUCUCCCUCGGGGUGUUUGUCCUCUCUGAGCCAAGUAGAAGUAAAGGCGGUCUGUGGGAAACGUGUACGUUUUUGUUGAUUGCUUCAUUGACAGCACACGUAGCAGCCUGACUUGUCACUCGAGACCUUAAGAUAGCGGAGAACUCGAUGCAAUCUGUCCUGUCGACUAUAUUGGGGAUUUAUUAAUAGACUGCCUGCGCUGCGGGCUAUUAAAUGAAGACUCAAGCAAGUUUUGCAGACUUCUAAGUCAAAAAGCCUUUGCAUUAUUGUACAGUUAAGGGGGUUAUUCACCGCGUCCAUCCAUUUUGCUUAAAAUUCAACAUCAUUGUGCUCCAAAAAGGAUUCAUUAACUCCCAUUUUGCUCAACACUGUUUUGGGUAGGAGGGGGAGGUUGCUGGUUAUAACUAAGAGGGAGCUUUUGCGGAGUGACGCACGUUAACUGGAAGUGAUGAUUUUUCACUUUAAAUAUGCCUUGACGUUUCCAAAUUUGUAUUGCUUAGUGUCUUUACUCUUAUAGAAGCGAUUUGCCCGAAAAUAUGGACAAAUCCGCUGCCCAAGAAUGCAAAAAUGCACUACCGGUUGAAAAAAAAAACGUCGCUCAAAAACGUCUUUGCUUAAGCUCCGUAAUAUCCCAAAACGUUUUACUGCCAUUGUAGGUACAUCACCAUGUUGUUUUAUUUGAACGACGUGGCAGAAGGAGGUGAGACAGCGUUUCCGUUGGCUGAUCGUGAAGACCAUUUACGAACCAACAAUUAUACAAGAGAUCUGAGUAGACAUUGCCAUAAAGCGAGUCUGGUAGUGAAACCUGUUAAGGGAACAGCUCUGCUUUGGUACAACCAUGUUCUAGACGAAAACACUGGGAAGAUGGGAGAUGUUGAUAAGCUGACUUUGCAUGGAGGAUGCGAUGUUCUUGAAGGCGAAAAGUGGAUCGCUAAUUUGUGGAUCAAUGCUCCUCGCGGAGAUGAAACUGUGUAG